GGGGCGGCGCCGAGGCGAAGGCUAAGAUGGCGGCGGUGGUGCGGCUCCAGAGCGACUGGGACCAGGUGCUGAGGAAGAAUGAGCAGGAGGCAUGGCUGAGCUGCAGGAGCCCAGGAAAAUCUACUCUGUAUGGGAACCUGACUUGUCAGGGGGUGAGCUUAGAUGGAAUUCCUGAAAUCACAGCCUCUGAAGGAUUUGUCGUCAGUGAAAUAACAAAGAAAAGUCUGCUUGUUUCUUGCCCUCGUGAAAAUGCCUCCACCAAAUUCCUGGCACCCUACACUACAUUCUGUAGAAUCCAUCAAAAAAGUAUCACAUGCCUUGACAUUUCUAGUGGUGGCGGGCUUGGCGUAUCUACCAGUGCUGAUGGGACAAUGAAAAUUUGGCAGGCUGCCAACGGAGAAAUAAGAAGACGUUUGGAAGGCCACGUGUAUGAUGUGAAUUGUUGCAGAUUUUUCCCCUCCGGCCUUGUGGUCCUGAGCGGGGGAAUGGAUGCCCAGCUAAAGAUCUGGUCUGCAGAAGAUGCCAGCUGUGUGGUGACAUUUCAAGGCCACAAAGCAGGUAUCCUGGACGCAGCCAUAGUGGAUCGCGGACGCAACGUGGUCUCCAGCUCUCGGGAUGGGACUGCGCGCCUCUGGGAUUGCGGGAAAUCUGCUUGCCUGGGGGUUGUGGCGGAUUGUGGCUCUGCUGUCAAUGGUGUCGCUGUGGGUGAAGCUGACAACUCCUUAAAUUUGGGUUCACCGGAAAAAAUACCUAGUGAGCGUGAAAUCGGAACAGAAGGGAAACUCUUGUUGUUGGCUCGAGAAGACAAAAAGUUACAAGCUGUGGGGCUGCAAAGCAGGCAGCCGGUCUUUCUCUUUGUUGGCUCUGAUGCAUUUAACUGCUGUACGUUCCUCUCCAGCAUCUACGUCCUGGGAGGGGCGCAAGAUGGAAAUAUCUACCAGCUGGAUGUGAGAAAUACCAAGGCUCCAGUUAGAAUUGUUCAUCGAUCAGGAGCGCCAGUGCUUUCCCUGUUACCGUACAAAGAUGGAUUUAUUGCCAGCCAAGGUGAUGGAACCUGUUUCAUUAUGCAGCAAGACCUUGACCAUGUCGUCGAGCUUACUGGACCCGACUGUGACCCUGUAUAUAAGGUGGCUACGUGGGAAAGGCAGAUAUAUACAUGUUGCAGAGAUGGGAUAGUGAGGAGAUACCAGCUUUCAGACCUCUGACUUGACUGAAGCUAUGGACACUGCGCUAUGAAUGCUGGACAUAUUUCAGGGAUUAUUUUAAGAAACACCACUUUGAAACAAGACAGAGCAGUGCCGUGUUUCCAGGACUUUGUACAAUAACAGGAACGGAGUGUACACGUGGGCGUUGCAAGGACCACAUGAAGACAUCAUUGAAGAUGAAUCUUUCUGCUGAGGGAUGUAAUCAGAACAGCUUUACGCUAUUUCCCCACACUGAGCAGCACAGCAAGUUUGUUUGGAUUAAGGCCCAUUUUGUAUUUGCAAAUGUGUUUUUGAUAUCCCUUCUGUGGCUGGUGGUUGUUUCUAAGAGGGAAAAGGGCCUGAUGGGUACAGGGAAAAUCCACGCCAGCAGACUUCAAUAAAGGGAUGUGUUUUGGUAACCUUCUGCACAGGCCUUUCUGUGUCUUAAGUGGUGCUAAAAACUACAGUGACCUUCUGUUUUCAUCUCAUGCCUUCCUCACAGAAUGAACGCUCUGUGGGAGGCUUCACGCUGCCCACCAGUUGUAAGUUUCCAUCUAAAAUAAAAUUGCUUUGAUCUCAA